AGACCUGUAUUUCAGGGGUGUCUUUACAGGUCUAACACCUAAGGCAAAUGGAUAAGGAUAUAUCUACUUCACUAAUAACAUUAGGCCACAAUAUGAUAAUAAUGAUAAAAGUGAUAAAUUCAAUUAGCACUAAUCUGUUUCACCUUAUUUGGAUGUGUAAGAAGAGCAAGAAGACCUAAAAAAACUCCACAGUGGGUAAAGUAUGUUGUGGUUCAAUUUGGCAUGAAUUGAACAAUGGCAAGAAAUAAACGGAGAGGCAGAUGAAAGAUGGCCGUCUCUGGCCAUUUAGAGCUCUGUAGGUCAUCAGUUCCAUUUCAGUUUAUUGCACUUUAAAUAAUGAGAACGACAGAAAGAAAAUUAAAAUAGAACAAAAAUAAACGAAAGAUAAAUAUUCAGCAUACACCAAAUAGCACAAUCAUUGACAUUUAAAAACAUACUAGCAUGUGUCGUCAUCGGUAUUUUACUUUGCCUACUGUUGUUUUGUAUUAGAAUUUUGUAUUGACGUUAUCAAAAGAAAACACCGAGGCCAGUAACUCCCCGUUGGUUCGCCUUUUUGCAGACAUUCCUCUCACCGGGGGAGAGCGCUUUUUUUUUUUAAAGAGGACGGGAGUGGGGGGUACCCAAGCCCAAUCUGUCUCUGUGAUCAGCAAACGUGCAAACAGAAGGCACGGCUCAUGCCGCAGACUCGCAAAUGAACCAAGUAAACAACUCCAACACGGGUUGUUUUUUCUUGAGAGAGAGCAUUUGAGAGAUUACAUUCGCAAAUAACCACAAUGACUGCAUCCAGAUGGGAUAACUGAGCAGUAUAAUUGAUCUCAUUCAAGGUGAUGCGGAUUCCUUAUAGGGAACUGAAAACAUUUAACAACUAGUAAUGCAGUGUUUUGAGAAUGAGGUAACGGAUAAGAAGAAGAACAACAACACCAAUGACAACAUUUUAGAAAAUAACACAACAUAGAACAUCAAAGCUUAUUUUUUUUGCCCCAGUAGACUAUCAAUGAAAUGAAAAUCAUAAUUUACAGACCAACAGCCUUUCAGCUGACGAGGAGACCUUCUUGAAAAGGUUGGAAAUACAUAAAAAAAAAAAAAAAAGUCAACAAAAAAACAAACUCGCUUUAGCCUAUAUGUGUGAAUGCGUGGAAAUGAUCGUGUAUUUGGUCUAAAAACAAUCUAGUAUGAAAUGAAUCAAGUCUAUUUCGUCCCGUUUGUCAGUUUGCUGUCCAGACAGGGGGUAAGUAUGGCGGGGGCUGCUUACUUUUCCAAAUGGGCCAUUGGGGACUGUUGUGAGUCCAUUAAAUGAUCAUUAACAUAGCCUUGUGCUAUUUCUCGCACCUGGUCUGACUGACAAGUUGAGGACGCGUGCUGAGCCCUUAACCAUGCUCCGGGUCGAAAGCUUUUCAUAGGGCUGCCAAUCAUAUUCAACAUCUUUUUGCUCAUUGUAGUUGACGUGCAUGGCAGCUUUCACAAUGUGGUCUAUAUCUGGUUUUAUAUAUCAGACGAGACUUGCAUGUUUUAACCUUUACUUGGCCAACUAUUGUGAGGCAUAUUGGAAUUAACUGUUAAAACCUUGGACAUGUCAAUACAAAGAAUAUGUUGUUUUUACCUCGCACAUUUUCAUUGAAGAACAAAGGCAACUGAAAUGUUAUGCUUCUUAUCUAUUUGAUUUCGAUCCUGGAAAUAGCCUACUAACUUACCCAAUUAUAGGUUUAUAUGACCCUCUCUUUAUUUGCCCCCCUGUUGCCUUUCGCGCAGAUGGUGCGCAACUUUUCCCCUCUGUGUUUUUACAAAAACUUCACGGUACCAGAUUUCUCACCCUCACGCAGCGCUCCUCUGUUUAUACAACUGGGUAAGUCCUCACACCAAAUUGCUUAUGGUCACCAGAGUGGGUCCCGCAGGCACUGAAACACCCUCGUUCUAUGAUUUGGCAGUAGGCUACAACCUCCCCACCCCCUCCCUCCUGCAGCUAGAUGCCUUUAUAAACCUCGGGCGCCUGGCUGGGCUAGUCACUUGAACAAGAGCAAAGGAUAGCGAGCACGUUGCAAGCCGACCGGACUGAAGACAACACCUUGCGAGGAAACUGAUCGACUGACUGCGAAUACAGUUGGACAUCAACACGAACAUCAGCAAACAUGCAAUCCGCUUGUCUCGUAGCACAACAGACGCCCUUCGUCGCCUCACCUCGAUUGGUCUCAAACGGGAGCUCACAUUGUUCACCACCCGCCAGCUGUAAAUCUGCAAUGUGGAGACCAUGGCUCGUGACUGGCGACGAUGCGCAAGUGAGAUGCAAAAGAAGCAAGAUUGCUUGUCCUUACUUCAGAGCUCCUGUAGCAGGCACCACCACAGCUGACAGCAAACUACAGCCUUUCCAGCACCCUGUCAGACUUUUCUGGCCCAAAUCGAAGUCAUAUGACUACCUGUACAGCGAUGGACAAGCCUUGCUCAGAAACUUCCCAGUUCAAGCAACAAUCAGCUUCUACGAGGACUCGGACAGCGAUGAUGAGGAUGAGGAUGACGAGACGAUGACGAUGAGGAAGAAGAGCUGAUGGAGGCAGAGCAGAAACGCCAGUCUCAGCAAUGUGUCAAGUCUCACCCUCACUUUAGCAGCUUAAACUAAAGCCAUGGACACAACUGACAAUGUCCCUGGGGGGGAGACAACUAUGGUGUCUCUGCUGCAAAUGGUAUCAUGGUAUAAUGAUACAGGAAUGAACGCUAGUCUGUGUUUAAACAGGGACAGUCUGUUGUUGGACAUUAUAAGCAGGGCCUCGAAGGAGCUGACUGGUGAGCUCACUCCACCCAACAUCAGUGCCCCUCGCUGCUUUCAGCUUGGGCUGAGAAACGCAGAUACUCUCACUCUUUGAAACGAUGCAUGUGUGUUAUUAGAAAGUUCCUUCUGGGAACAGAAUUAUUGGUGAAGAGGUGGAUCCCAUAUUGGGGAUGGUGUUUGUUUGCCAACCAUCUCAGGACCUAACUCUUGUUACUGUCUGUAUGGAUACGAACACAUGGAUACAUUUGUAUUCUGUUUACUUUUUAAAAUUAUAGUGUACAUAUCUACAUAAAAAAUAUAUAUUUAUAUUUAUAAUGACUAUUUUUCUACUUUUGCAAUGUUAUGUCACAAAAUAAAUGUGUAAAAUGA